CUUAUUUGGAACACACCUAUACAAACCAUGGAGCUUACCUACUAAACGUUACAGCUUCAAACCCUGUCGGUACAGUGACAGUUACCAAAUAUAUUUACGUGCAGUAUAUAGUAAAAGAUAUUAAAAUCGCAUCUGACAGUCCUCAGGAAAUUCCGCCGGGCACUGUAACGUUCACAGUGUCCGUAAAACCGGACACUCACCCACCUACGAAUGCUACGAUCGACAUGAACUUUGGCGACGGCACGAACAGGAUGACCAUACCUCUUGGGGGGACUCGAAGCAUUAAUAUUCACAACGAUUACGCAAUCCCAGGGAUAUUAAGAGUUAAUAUGACAAUGAGAAAUGACGUUAGUUCCGUCAAUUUAACGCAUGUGGUGGAUGUUCAGAGAAGAAUUAAAGACCUGCGCAUUUUGGGUUACCACACUGGUGGAGACGCCGGGUAUGGUGCACCGGGAAGAGGACCAAACAACGCGGCUUUUCCACUGGAAUAUGACGUUCUGCUUGUUGCAAACAUUUCAGACGGAACAGAAGUGACUUACCGAUGGGAUUUUGGGGAUGGAACUCCGACGGUUGAAACGAAAGAAACAAAUGUAUCACAUCGUUUCGCCCACCCAGAACAUUUUUUGGUUACUGUGAAGGCAAAGAACUCUAUCAGCAAUGCAAGUGUCGGUCUUACCAUAAGAAUAAUGAGGAGUAUAUCAAAUGUCACCUUUGAAAACGACAGCCCAACAGUACAUGAGUUCAACACAACGUUGCUUAUUACGAUCGGACAGCAAGGUACUGAUUCCUGUUUCUUGGUAGACUUGGGUAAUAACACGAGAAUUCUUUACAAAGGAUUUAGUGAUGUGAGUUGUGAUGAAGAGCUGAAGACAACAAACGAUAUAAGGGUUCUACCAUCCCUCAAAUUUAAUGUCAUUUUUGAGUACUGGCAGGAAGUUAAUUACGCUGUGAAACUGACAGCUCUUAAUUCCGUGUCUAGAAUCACUAUUCACGGCUGGGUGAUUAUCCUGCACCUUCCUUGCGACUUCCCCGUUAUACGAAUACCCGAUGCUGGACGAUCAUUUGGCAUUCGCCGAAAGUAUUUCAGAGCAGAUUACGUAACAAUCAAAUCCCGCUGCACUAUUAACUGUUUGGCAUCAAGAAAGACAUCAUUCCAUUGGGAACUCACAUGGAUUUCGUCUGAAGUUGAUAACGGCACUACCCUUCAGACAGAUAGUUUUGACAAAAAUCAGUCCGUGUUAAUUGUACCACAGAGAUCAUUGCCGUACGGGACGUUCGUGGUCCGCCUAAAUGUAAGUAUGGUUGGACUGCCCCUUGUUCACAGACACAUGAACGCGUACAUCGAAAUUUUGCCGUCGCCUUUAUUGGCUAAGAUCAUAGGAGGAAAUGCCUGGAUUCAGUCAGUUUACAAGAAGGUGGUCCUUGAUGCCUCAUCUUCGCAUGAUCCUGAUUACGGAUCAGAAGACAAACAUGGUCUCGACUACUUUUGGUACUGCAAGACAGCAACUGAAGACUACGAAUUUCCCUCUGUUCCGGAAAAAAAUUUCACAAGUGCUAAUGGCACUGGUGCGAAUGGGUGCUUUAGAAAUGGAACCAGACGUUUGCCAGUAAGAGCAGACAUUCUUGAGAUCCAACCAAAUGUACUGUGGGUAAACACGACUUAUAUAUUUAAAUUAUUCGUCACAAAAGACUCCCGAAUGGCUGUGUUCUAUGUUCAGGUCUCACUGACUUAUGGAGAUCCGCCCACGAUGAGUAUAAGGACACCUUACGAUGAAUUUCCAGGCAAAAAGAAUCCGUCUGCCAAGUUAUCUUUGGAGGGAGCAUGCAGAGGCUGCAACCAACAGGAUAUUAACAGCUUAACGAUUUCUUGGAGUUUGUGGGUCAUUGGUGAAGGAUUCAAAGAUGGAAAUGCACAGAGUAGGGUAGAAAUGGCAACCUAUACAAUAACGGACUUGACUAGAGUGUCAAAUCUUCUGGCUAUGACAAGAGUAGGCAUUGAUUCCGAGUUUCUUGUCUUAAGGGCAAACAGUCUGGAAAGUGGAGCCACGUACGUUGUAAGAGUCGAAGGUCGAUUUGGUGAAGGUGCCACUGGUUUUGCUGAGUAUGUCUUCGUUACUGCCUCUUCUCCCACCGGUGGGGAGUGUCGCGCGAUCAAAGGAGAUGGCAGUGGUCAUGAAGAACUUAUCACUCUGAGUUGUACCGGCUGGACCAGCUCCACGGGCUCGACUGAGUUAAUAUACGACUACUUCUACAAAACGUCGCCCAAUGGUACAGAAUAUUUGUUUCAGUACACAAGGGACGGAACUAUCGGGAAUAUUCGGUUACCACUCGGGUUAAAGGAAUAUAACUACACGCUGUACAUGAAGGCCGUCAUCUCAGACGAGCUUGGGACUAAAUCAGAGGCCAAGUUUGAGUAUCAGAGUUUUCCAAGUGAAGAAGACGACGCUGUUCUUAUCGAAAAACUGUUGGAAGAGAUGACCAUUAACAGUACACUGCGAACUCUCGAGAUGGAAAGUUAUUCACAAUUUACCAAUCAAUAUAUCGUAGAGGUGUCAUCGCAGUUAAAUGCCAUAUCAGAACGAGCAGCCAACCUCAAAGUAUUUAAAGAAGCCUCACGAAACAUCCGCACACGAAUGAGUCGAGUUGUGUCAGAAAUUACUAUGGAUGACAUAAAGACAGUCAGAGAGACUGCUAACGCCGUCUCUAAGCUUGCCACCGUACCUGAUGAGUGCGAAGUUGAGACUCAGUUGAACCUGAACAAGACGCUCAGUAAUAUGGUGCGCUUAAUCAUACAACAGUCCGCAAUAACAGACUCUAUUGACCUCUGGGGAACGUUAAACACUGUGUCUGAGGCAUUAGGAAAUGUGGUGUGGGUCGUAUCUCAUUUAAUGGAUGGACAAUACUUUGAUGGAAAUAACACAAAAGCUUCAGUGACCCAGGGAAAUUUCACUGUCAUGGGUAAAAUUUUGAUUGAAAACGUCAUUGAUUACGUCAGACUGCUAUCUGACUCGUAUCUUGGUCACGUACUACCAAAAGAAGAACCCAUACAAGUCCGCUCUUCUUCGCUUUAUUUCACGCUUAACCGUGACUUUCCCGCGGGAUUCUCGGGACGUAGACUUCACUGUGGCGUAGGAGGCGUUGAUUUGCCUGACAACUUUGGGGAGCUAGGCAUACUGAAGGACGGAAACAUGACCGCUCUUAUCAUUCUCGACGCAUUGGUCACCUCGACACCUUUCGUAUCUUUUGUUUGGUCCCCAAGUGCUAGUCUUAUCAACAGUCACGUGCUUUCAAUAGAAAUACGCAACUACAGCACUCAAAAGGAACUGAAUAUCGAAAACCUUACGAAACCAGUAGACUUGUGGAUAAGGAAAGGGAACGACUCCCUUGAAAUCUCUCAAGGGAAAGUAGAAUACACCAAAAUCCUCAAGCAUAGCUUUGAAGUAAGGGACAACCGAAGCUCUAUCACUAUUGAAGUUGACCUACUCGGGGAGUUUAUGGAGCAACCUUCUUUAGUCGUUUAUCUACGAAAAGGGGAAGAACCAACGAUGAAGGGCCUUGAGGGGGAUAAGAUUAGGGUUGUUCCCCAGCUCAGCUCCGGUAACACUAGUUAUGAUGGACCUAGGGAUUCAAAGCUAAUGUUCUUUAACAAUGCGGAAUUAAACGGAACAGCAGCAGGGGAAUAUUUUGUGAUUAUCGAGUACAACGGAACUGUCAGCGGUGCUAAAGUUGCUGAGGAAGAUAGGACUGUGGAAUACUUGUUUUCUUCAUACGCAUCCGAGUGCUUGUACUGGGACGAACUGAAUCAUAUUUGGAUUGGAGACGGUUGUGUGGUUGGACCGCUGUCCAAUUCAACACACACGCAAUGUCUGUGCACUCAUAUGUCGUCAUUUGCGAGCAGUUUCUUUGUUCCUCCGAACAAAAUUGACUGGGGUAAGGUGAACAUGGAAGAGCUUCUCAAAAAUCCUAUCGUCGCUAUCAUCGUUUGCUGCAUCUUUCUACUGUAUUCUCUGCUGGUGGUCUGGGCCCGACGUAAAGACAAGGCAGACCUGUUGCUGGUUGGUGUUACUCCACUUCCAUCUAAUGAUCCAAGGGAUCUCUUUGGCUACGAGGUUAUAGUAUUCACUGGUUUUGACAGUAGCGCAGGAACCACUGCAGAUGUUUUUAUUGUACUGACUGGCGCUUUUGAACAGACACAGACUCGUCGCUUACUCGACCUGGAGCCAGUUCGUAGAAAAUUUCAAAGGGGAAACAUUGAUAACUUUCUACUGACAGUCCCGCGUCCGCUUGGAGAGAUACUAGGCAUUCGAAUAUGGCAUAACAACACCGGCCUUGACCCUUCGUGGUUUCUCUCAAGGGUGCUUGUGCGCGAUCUUCAGACUGACAAAGUCGUUUGGUUUGUAUGUGAUCGUUGGCUCGCAGUUGAAGAAGAUGAUGGCCAGAUCAAUCGAACACUUCUUCCCGCUUCAAAGGAAGAGCUGGUGAAGUUUAAUUUUAUUUUUAGCACCGAGGUUCGUAAGAAUCUCAGUGACGGGCAUCUAUGGUAUUCAGUGUUGUAUCGUCCUUUUGAAAGCUCCUUCACCCGUGUACAGCGUCUCUCCUGCUGUUUGUCAAUCCUCACCUGCAGCAUGCUGGCAAACGCAAUGUUUUACAAGGACGGAGCAGAGGAAGAGUCAGAUGCCGAUGUUGAAGUCAAGAUUGGACCCAUUCGACUCUCCACAAACCAAAUCGGGAUUGGGGUCAUGUCAAGCCUGGUGGUUCUUCCCGUGAACUUGCUUAUAGUUAAUAUUUUCAGAAAAGCUCGGCCGAAAGACUGGCCCAUUCUAGAUACAAAAUCGAGUGAUCACCAAAGCAAUGCGUCUGGCGACAGUUAUUUUGAUGGUAAAACCAGCGGAAGUUACGAUCUGGUCAAGGAGGAGAAAGAAGAUGCGGGAAACAGCGAUACAAAUAAGGAAGAGAAAGGGAAAAAAGAAAAGAAAGCGUUCACUUUACCUCAUGUUACAAUCUACAUCGCCUAUGGUUUGAUUUUUGUUGCUUCCAUUACCUCUGCCGUCUUCACAAUCUUUUAUUCUCUGACAUUUGGAGAGGCCAAGUCACAGAGAUGGGUUUCAAGUAUGAUGAUAUCCUUCUGGCAAGACGUUAUUAUAUCUCAGCCACUCAAAGUCAUCGUCGUGGCAGUGCUCUUCGCUCUCAUCAUCAAAGAUCCAGACAAGGCCAUUCAAGACGAAGGAAACCAAAGGAGGGAGCUCGGAAGAGACGAAGAAUGGAUACAUGAGCCCUAUGGCAAUCAGAAGAGUGGCUUUGACUUUAGGAAAUCGGUGGAAAUUCCCAAGCCACCUAGCGAGGAACAUCUGCACAUCGCCAGGCAGCGUCGCAAAAAGCAGAAGCAGAUGAAAAUCAUCCUUCGUGAAAUUUCCCUCUACUUUGCGUUCAUUCUUGUCCUAUGUGUUGUAGCGUAUGGAAGUCGAGACACUCAAGCGUAUGCUGUGACCAGAGCACUGACUGAUAUCUUCCCCGAGAGCAAGUACACCUCUUUGCUUCCGUUUGAUAAGAGCAGUGAAGCAUCAAAAUUAUGGAACUGGAUCGAGAAUUCCUUCGUUCCUUCCCUACAUCCCCAGUAUUGGUAUGGUCCGUUUAUUAUCAAACAGGAAGAGGAAUUAUGGUCACAAGAAAGGUUAACAUUCAAAAGAGGACGCGGAGCGGGUCGUAAAAUAACGACCAUGGUAAAGGGCGGUGGUUCCUACGCUCAUGAUUAUGCCGAGUCUUUUGAAUCACUAAAGAGUUUCCCCAAAACUGUCACCGCCGACCGAGGAAUGUUUUAUAUUGUGGGUGUGGCACGGUUACGUCAGCUGAGGGUGAAAAAAGAUGCCUGUACAAUCCCUCCAUACCUGCUCGACACCAUUAAAACGUGUACGUCUUACUAUUCAUGGGAAGAUGAAGAAGAAGGUGCUUUUCAUCCUGGCUGGGAACUGAUGGAGGAAAGUGAAAUAGAAAAUCUCCCGGAUGAUCACCAGUCUCCCUGGAUUUGGCAGAGCGCCUUAACCCUAAAUGGAACACCAUUCUGGGGAAUUUUUGCAUCUUACUGGGGAGGUGGGUUUGUGUACAAUCUCGCUCCCACGCGCUUAACCACGCUGAAGAAGAUACAAGAUUUGCACAUUGAUGAGUGGAUCGAUCGCUACACGCGCGCCGUCUUCGCAGAAUUCACAGUUUACAACGCGCACACUAACUUCUUUGGUGUAGUAACCAUGCUAACAGAAAUUCUCCCCACAGGGGGAUACUACCACUACCCGAAGGUCCGAAGCAUCCGGCUUUACCGCUAUACUGGUCCGGAACAAAUAGUGAUUAUGGUGUUCGAGUUUAUCUUCUUCAUAUCCUUAUGCAUUUACUCUUACAGCGAAGCCAAGCAGCUGUUUGUGUUAGGAAAGAGCUACUUUAAAGACCCUUGGAACUACGUCGAGAUAAUAGUCAUUGGCUCUUCAUUCUCCGCUAUAUUUCUGUACCUUGCAGAGUUGGGGUUUGCUAAACUGGCCAUGAAACGAAUGCGAGCAAACACUGAUACCUUUAUCAGCUUUGACUACAUCAUAUUCCUAGACGAAGCUUACCUAGCAACAUUAGGCUUUGCAGUCUUCUGUUUCUUUCUCAAGUUUCUCAAACUUCUGCGCUUUAAUCGACGACUGUCCACACUGGCUCAGACGAUCAAAGUCAGCAGCAAACCAUUGUUAUCCUUCUUUGUUAUUUUUCUUCUUUUCUUUUUAGCUUACGCCCAGAUGGCGUUUCUUGUGUUUGGUCCGACAAACGAAGAUUACGCCACUUUCGUUGUGGCAUCAGAGACCAUGCUGUCCAUGACCUUGGGAGGAUUCGAUUUCCUGGGGAUACAAAACUCAAACCGACUCAUCGGACCCAUGUUUUUCAUCUCGUAUAUGCUGUUCAUGUUUCUGAUCCUUGUCAAUGUUUUCUUGUCCAUUGUAAACGAAGCCUUUGCUGAAGUGAGUAGUAAUGUUGGAAACCAAACGAACGAUUACGAGGUACUUGACUACAUCAUGUACUGCCUAAAAGAGCAGAUUGGACGGCUGGUGAGUCCACCAUUCAAGCCGCUGUAUAAACCCGCUUUGACAAACUUCGAAAAGGCAGUAGUAGAUAUCGAAGACUUCGCAGAGAAUAUCAUGUAUACCUUGGACAAUAUUAGCGUCGAGGAACAGCGUCAGGCCAAUUGGCUCGAGGUCGACAAAAUAAGUGAUAAGAAGAAAACGCUGUUCCACUUCUUGCUUCACCAGGACGAAGACUUUGAUGAAGACGACAUUGCUGAUGCAAUCCCAACUAUGGCCAGAUUUUUGUCAAAGUACAGCCUGGAUCAGCUACAGGACAUCUACCAGAAGUACCGUGAACGAGUCGUGUUAUCAAAAUUCCGCCUAAGUUGUGCGUCUUCUCUGGAUGACAGCUCUUUCGAAGGACAGUAUGAAGAUAUAGAUGGCUUUGACGAACAUGUCUUAGGAAGCUGGAAAAGUUAUGAAGAACCUAGCCAAGCUGAUGUGGGAGUGCCAAACAAGUUACGAUCUCUUGAUUCGAUUGCCGAAGAGAACGAACCCAUCGAGGCCAACCACACUUAUGGCUCUUUGUCUAGCAGUGACGAACAUGGAACUUGUUUUAGAAGUUCUUUUGAUACUGACAAUACAACCCAAGUUACUAUGAGUAAGUCAACUUCCUUGAGUAAUAUAUGUGUCGAAAUAGAAAGUAGUAAGCAGUUGUAAAGGCUUCUUUCGCAAUCUGGACAAAAAUUUGCCACAGAAUCGGAGAUCUAAACUGAUGGACGACUCUAACAGUCCCCCUAACAACCCCCCCUCCCCAUCUCCUCUCCUUUGGGAAAAAAUUAAAUAAAAACGUUACGCGUGUUUUGGAUUCAAGCCAUCUUUGCCCGUCGCUCCUAACCGGAGAUUGUUGGUACUCUAGUACCAAUCCAAUGUGAAAUAAUAUUAAGAAUUAUACAUGAUAUAAGUGGCAAAACCGAUGUUUUGUUUGUUCAGUAUUAGUAGCAUCACUUUCAUGCUAUAAAAUGAUUCACAGGGCAUGAUGCAGUUUUAUUAAUUAAAUUUACUAAAGAAGAGAAGCAGACCUGGUGAUUGUUGGACAUUUUCAUAAUAGAAAUUUACUCAAAGGAUAGAUCCACAAGUUGA